AUGCCACCCAAAGCAACUCGCACUAAAAACACAGGCAACAACACUCGUCAAUCUCGAGGUGCACGCUCCACAAUGAGCAAGACGAAUGCUGGCCACAAUACCAAUCAACCCAAAAUCACUGACUUGGGAGCAGCAACGAGCAAGAAGGGUGCGGUGCGCAAGGCUAGAAGAGAAGGCGGUAUUGGAUCAAAGAUGGACCUUGACAAGAAGCCUACAGAAGCAGCAACAGCACCAUCAUCAUCACCAAGAGUCGUAGGAAUCCAUCAAGAGCAUCUAAGCCAAGAGGAGAUUUUACUGCGUAAAUUUGACCUCGAUUACAAGUAUGGGCCAUGUGUUGGUUUAACGAGAAUGGAACGCUGGCUGCGAGCUGAAAAGCUUGGAUUGAAUCCACCAAAGGAAGUCAAAGAACAACUGGAACGUGGAGCAGCAAAGGAUAGCGUGCUCAAUGAUGCAUGCUACUAUUAUAGCACUUCGGGGGAAGGCCAGGUUGUUGAAUCCGAAGCUUGA